AAAUUUCGUUGAUCCCAGAGUCUUUCCAAGAUAUUACUAAAGAAAAACUCUCAUAAUAUUUAUGGUAUUCUUGUAAUCCCAGUAACCAAAAAGUCUAAGAAAAUAUUUAUUAUAGCACACAUGGCUCUGUUUUAUGAGCUCUGUUUUCUUCUUUUUAUUAUUGUUUUUCUGCCAAACACAGCCUUAUCUCAAAUAACCAACAACAUAACAGUUGGCACAACACUCACAGCAACAGACAACUCAUCACCAUGGCUCUCACCCUCAACCGAAUUUGCUUUCGGUUUUCGAAAACUCGAAAACCAAAACAACCUCUUUUUACUCUCUAUAUGGUACGCAAACAUACCAGACAAAACAGUUGUCUGGUAUGCCACUACAAUAAACUCUUCGGCUAUAGUGCCGAGGGGGUCCCGAGUCAGCCUGACAGCUGAUCGGGGACUUGUAUUGGUUGAUCCUCAAGGAAAAGAGAUUUGGAGUUCGGAGAUAGUAAGGGGAGACGCUUCUCACGCGAUUAUGGAGGAUAAAGGAAACUUUGUGAUCUUUGGGUCUAAUAAGAUUUGGGAGAGCUUUGAUCAUCCGAGUGAUACGCUUUUGCCCGGUCAAAGUUUGAACCGCGGAGAAGGGGUUUCGAGUCGUUGGAGGGAGAAUGUGUUUUCGAAAGGGAGAUUUGAGAUGAGGUUGCAGCAAGAUGGGAAUUUGGUGUUGUAUUCUGUGAAUUUGCCUACUGACAAUGCUAAUAAUCCUUAUUAUGCUAGUGAUACUGAUGAUACGAGUAAUUCUACCACUGCUGGAACUAGAUUGGUGUUCAAUGAGACAGGCAAUCUAUAUGUUUUGAGAGCAAAUAAUGAAAGAUUAAGUCUAGCUAGUGAGAACAUGGUCUCAGCAAGGGACAACUAUAUAAGAGCUACUCUUGACUUUGAUGGUCUUUUCACACAAUAUUAUCAUCCCAAGACAUCCAAUGGUGAUGGGAAAUGGAUUGUUCUUCGGUCCAUACCCGAAAACAUAUGCUACAACCCUGUUGUCCCCGGUGUCGGUGUUUGUGGAUACAAUAGUAUUUGUACUCUCAAUGAAGAUUCAAGACCAACAUGUCAAUGCCCAAGAAAGUACUCUUUUAUUGAUCCCAAUGACGAAUAUGGAAGCUGCAAACCCGAUUUCAUACAAGGCUGCGCUGAAGACGAGCUUACUCCCGACAUAGAAGAUCUCUAUGAUGUUGAGGAGCUGCGCAAUGUAGAUUGGCCCUUAUCAGAUUAUGUUGCACUGAAGCCUUUUAAUGGGGAUGAUUGUAGAGAUUCUUGCUUGAAAGAUUGUUUGUGUGCUGUUGCUAUCUCUAGAGACGGAUCAUGUUGGAAGAAGAAGCUCCCUCUCUCGAAUGGCAAGGUCGACCAGAGUCUUAACUCGAGGGUGUUUAUCAAAGUUCGUAAAGACAAUAUCAGUAUCACUGUACCUAGGAUUCCUUAUGUAAAACAAGAGAAGAGGAAAAACCAAGACUCGUCGAUCAGAGUUGGUGCAGCUCUUUUGGGUACUUCGGCUUUCGUUAAUAUUUUGUUGACAGCCACAAUUUGUGCAGGAGUCUUCUUCAUACGCAAAAAGAAGAGUCUUAGAAGUAAAAAGAUUUCAUCCCCGAAAAACAUACCUGACUUUAAUUUGCGUAGCUUUGCUUAUCAAGAGCUCGAGGAAGCCACAAAAGUGUUUAGCGAAGAGUUGGGAAGAGGAGCUUUCGGAACUGUUUAUAAAGGGAUGUUGGAUAUGGAUUCAAGUGUCAUUGUAAUAGCAGUGAAGAAGCUAAAUUUUGUGGUACCUGAAACUGAGAAAGAGUUUAAGAAUGAAGUAAAUGCAAUAGCUCAAACACAUCACAAGAAUCUUGUUCGGUUACUUGGCUACUGCAACGAUGGACAGAAUCGUUUGCUGGUGUAUGAGUACCUGCAAAAUGGGACAUUGGCAAAAUUUGCGUUCGGAAACUUAAAACCGAAUUGGAAGCAAAGAGCUGGAAUCGCUUUAGACAUAGCAAAAGGACUGUUGUAUUUACACGAGGAGUGCAAUACUCAGAUCAUCCAUUGCGAUAUAAAGCCUCAGAACAUACUUCUGGAUGAGUACAACAAUGCCAAGAUAUCAGAUUUCGGUUUGGCUAAACUUUUGAUGAUGAAUCAAAGCCAAACAAAUACAGCCAUUAGAGGAACAAAAGGGUAUGUUGCACCUGAAUGGUUUAGGAAUAUGUCUAUUACUUCGAAAGUCGAUGUGUAUAGCUUUGGAGUUGUACUACUUGAGAUUGUUUGCUGUAGAAAAAAUUGUGAUAUGGAGAUUGGUGAGGAAAAGAAAGAGAUCUUGACAGAUUGGGCUUAUGAUUGCUUCACAGAAGGGUCAUUAGAUAUGCUUGUUGAUUAUGAAGUUGAUGCUUUAAAUGAUAGGAAGAAGUUGGAGAGUUAUGUGAAGGUGUCAAUGUGGUGUAUUCAAGAGAAUCCAAGUGUUAGACCUAACAUGAGGAAGGUUGUUCAAAUGCUUGAAGGAGUUGUUGAAGUAGACUAUCCACCUUGUCCAUUGCCUUAUUCCAUGACCACUGCAUAAAUAAACAAGCUCUUUUUCAGUCUUUGAACAAUUAAAUAUGUCCUAUUUUUCUUUUAAUGUUGAAUGUAAUAUACAAUUAAAUAUAAAAUAUUCUAACAUUUCAUUUCAUUUCAUUCAUGUUAGUUAGUCCUUUCAUCUGUAGAAAAAUACAUGUAGCAUUAGUGACAAUCCAGUAGUAUGUAUUUGUAAGAGUAUAAAUAAUGUUCCAUUACUUAAAUCAUAA